AUGGCUUACCAACCCCGCUCCUUCCCACCAGCCACCAUUCUCAAAACUCUCGGUAUCGUCACCGCAGUCUGCCUGCUCGUCCUCAUGGUCCUCUACGUCGUCUACGCCGGCGGGCGACGCAAGGCCCGCGGCCAAGGGCCCCGCUCGGCCAACCUCCGGGCCCGGCGCCCUCGUGACGCCGAGACAGGAGCCGCCGGCACCGCAAGACGCAAUUGUCGGCAUGUGGACUCUGUGGACACUUUGCCGCGGUAUACGCCUAAAGAGGAAGGAGGUGUGGCUCCCGCUCCGCCCGAGCAGGUUCAUGGGAGCGGGCAUGAUGGGGUCGAAGAGGAGGGACCGAAGCCGCCGGCGUAUACGUUUGAUGCGGGAGGUCCGGGCAGUGAGGGUGAGUUUGGGGAGGCUGGCGAAGGCCAUGCUGGUCUUCCGGUUUCUCCGGAUCCGUUCCAUAUUUCCAUCCUCCCUUUCUCCUUCCUCCAAACACCAACCUCCCUCAAAAAACUCCAAUUCCAAAACAACAGCAACUCCCAUUCCAACCGCAUCAACCUCGACAAUCAACCCCUACCCUCACCCACCCAACUAUCCAGCACCAUGCCCCACCCAACCCCCUCCAACCCUCCCCCUCACCAACCCCUACAAAUCCGCUCCACCAACGACGGAAACAUCGCCUUCCUACUCCUCAUCGCCAUCUUCUCCGCCGCGGCCCUAAUCCUCUUCGCCGUCUGGGCCUCUUCCAAACUCCACUCCCCACGACCACGACGGCGCCCAGGAACCGCAGCGGAGGGCAUCGAGCUGGGCGGAAUCCCGGGCGCGGGAGAACGCACAGCCGGAACGGAAGACGCAGCCGGGGCGGGCCGGGACAAAGACGACGGUCUCGAUGCCGGCGACGGCGAGAGCUACGCUGAGCGUAGCGGGUCCACGGAAACACAGAUCGACAUGGCGCUCCCCGUGCCGCCCGCUCGGGCGUACGGGCGAGAUCGCGGAGAAGGAUUGCACGGUAUGUCUCCGGUCGAGGGUGUGGAGAUGAUAUGA